AUGGAGGAAAACGAAUUUCGAGUGUUGAUCAAACAUUGCUAUUUAAUGGGCAAAAAUACCGUCCAAGCUCAGCAAUGGCUUGAAAAAUGUUAUCCAGGCUCUGCUCCACCAAAAACCACCAUUUGCCAUUGUUAUACUGAUUUCAAUCACGGUCGCAUGGAUACAAAUGAUCCUGCACGCUCGGGUAGGCCAAAUGAAGCUGUCACUCCAGAAAAUGUGAAACAAGUGUUUAAAAUCGUGAUGAAUGACAGCAGAGUGAAAGUUCGUGAGAUUGCUGAGAUUGUAAACUUAUCAACUGGAAGUGCGUGUACAAUUUUACAUGAAAAGUUGGGCAUGAGAAAAGUGAAAAAAGUGUUUUCCAAAUGGGUGCUGCGUGUUCUCACAAUGGAACAAAAGUAA